AUGGCUGCUACAUUGCUAGGGGAGGAGCCCCGGCUGGGCAGCACGCCGCUGGCCAUGCUGGCUGCCACCUGCAGCAGAAUUGGUGACCCCAGCCCUUCGUGCUCCCCUGCUCUUUCCGAUGGAGCCCCGGGACUCGUCAAGGGCUUCCACCCGUGGAGAAGAGCCCCGGGGACCAGCAACCUAGGUGCCUGCCUCACCUCGCUCGGGGUUCCCCCUGGAGUCUCCAGGAAUAACGGGGCCGGACUGACGGAGACCUCCAGUGCUUUCUCGGUGACCACUGCCAACUCCCCUUUUGGAAAUGAUUAUUCGAUGUACCAGACUGCUGUGCCAUCAGACAACAGUGUGCCCGAUCCCGCGCACGCACAGCGGUCUAUGUUUCUGACCAAAAUCCCGUCCUCGGUGGAAGGCAUAGCCGGGAUAUAUCCGAGGAUGCACGCGCAUCCCUAUGAGUCAUGGUUCAAGCCCAUGGGAGAGGUCAGUAACGGGUCCGCUGCUUGGUGGGACAUGGGAACCAGCUGGGUGGACACACAGAGCACGGCCGGGUUACCCUCUCAUCUGAGCGGCUACAGCACUGACUUCAGCUCCGCUUUCAGCCCCGGUGCCACUCAGCACCUGCUCCCCGCCACACAGCACCUGUUUGACGGCUUCAGGCCGCCUGUCCCGGGUCCCUACUCAGAGUCUACGACGACGGGGGCACCUGCACUGACAGGAAACCCCGUCGUUUCUCUACCCUCAACCUCCCGCUCCUCCUCGCGGCGCUACUCCGGCAGAGCCACGUGCGACUGUCCGAACUGCCAGGAGGCGGAGAGCCUGGGCCAGGGGGGCACGAGCCCGCGGCGGAGGGGACUGCACAGCUGCCACAUCCCGGGUUGCGGUAAAGUUUACGGCAAGACCUCUCACCUGAAGGCUCACCUGCGCUGGCACACCGGAGAGAGGCCGUUCGUCUGCAACUGGCUCUUCUGCGGGAAACGUUUCACGCGCUCCGACGAGCUCCAGCGGCAUUUGCGCACGCACACCGGGGAGAAGAGGUUCGAGUGCUCCGUGUGCCACAAGCGGUUCAUGCGCUCCGACCACCUCAGCAAGCACACGAGGACGCACAGCGCGGAGGGCUCGGAGGAUGGCGGAGAACCGGGACUCGGUAAAGGGAGCAGCGACACGGACAAUAGCCUCUCCGGUAGCCCGAGCCAGUCUCCCGGGCUACACGCGCGUGAUACUGUCCAAACCACCGAGGCUGCGGUGGAAUAAUUCACUAAACUAAACACGAACAAAGCAACACGUGGGCAUUUGAUUACACUGUACCAGCCUUUAUGGAGGGUGUUUUCUUGGACACUUAAAAACUGAAAUGGCACUUUAUGAUGAACACUGUGUCCUUACCUCAUUUAUGUUUA